CGCGCCGGGAGCCGACCUCUGCGCGGAGGGGACAUGAACGCGGCCGACAAGGCCCGGCUGGGGCCCGCGGUCGACGGGGCCGCCCCGCCCGAGGACGAGGAGGGCGAGGGGGGCGGGAAGGACCCGGCGACGGACGCAGCCCCUGGGCCCAGCGCCUCGUUCCGCCUCAUGGUGACUCGGCGGGAACCGGCCGUGAAGCUGCAGUACGCGGUGAGCGGCCUGGAGCCUCUGGCCUGGUCGGAGGACCACCGCGUGUCGGUGUCCACGGCCCGCAGCAUCGCCGUGCUGGAGCUCAUCUGCGACGUGCACAACCCGGGCCAGGACCUGGUGAUCCACCGCACCUCGGUGCCCGCCCCUCUCAACAGCUGCCUGCUCAAAGUUGGCUCAAAAUCAGAAGUUGCUGAGUGCAAGGAGAAAUUUGCCAGCUCUAAAGACCCCACCAUCAGCCAGACUUUCAUGUUGGAUAGGGUGUUCAACCCUGAGGGGAAGGCCUUGCCACCAAUGAGAGGGUUCAAAUACACCAGCUGGUCUCCCAUGGGUUGUGAUGCAAAUGGCAGGUGCCUCUUGGCAGCGCUGACCAUGGACAAUCGCCUGACUGUCCAGGUGAACCUCAACAGACUCCAGUGGGUCCAGCUGGUUGAUCUGACUGAGAUUUACGGAGAGCGUCUCUAUGAGACCAGUUACAGGCUCUCUAAAAAUGAGGCUCCAGAGGGAAAUCUCGGGGAUUUUGCUGAAUUUCAGAGGAGGCACAGCAUGCAGACCCCAGUCAGAAUGGAGUGGUCGGGCAUCUGCACCACUCAGCAGGUCAAGCACAACAAUGAGUGCCGGGACGUGGGCAGCGUGCUCCUGGCUGUCCUCUUUGAGAAUGGUAACAUUGCCGUGUGGCAAUUUCAGCUGCCCUUUGUAGGAAAGGAGUCCAUCUCCUCAUGCAACACGAUUGAGUCUGGAAUCAGCUCCCCUAGUGUUUUAUUCUGGUGGGAAUAUGAGCACAAUAAUCGGAAAAUGAGUGGCCUUAUUGUGGGGAGUGCUUUUGGACCCGUAAAAAUUCUCCCUGUCAAUCUCAAAGCAGUCAAGGGCUAUUUCACCUUGAGGCAGCCUGUUGUCUUGUGGAAAGAAAUGGACCAGUUGCCUGUGCACAGCAUUAAGUGUGUGCCGCUUUAUCACCCCUACCAGAAGUGCAGCUGCAGCCUGGUGGUGGCUGCAAGAGGGUCCUACGUGUUUUGGUGUCUUCUUUUGAUCUCCAAGGCAGGUCUGAAUGUUCACAAUUCCCACGUCACAGGCCUUCACUCCCUGCCCAUUGUCUCCAUGACUGCAGACAAACAGAACGGAACCGUGUACACUUGUUCCAGCGAUGGGAAGGUGAGGCAGUUGAUUCCCAUCUUCACAGAUGUCGCAUUAAAGUUCGAGCACCAGUUAAUUAAACUCUCAGAUGUGUUUGGCUCAGUGAGGACUCAUGGGAUAGCAGUGAGCCCGUGUGGUGCGUAUCUGGCCAUCAUCACAACUGAGGGCAUGGUCAACGGCCUUCAUCCUGUCAACAAAAAUUAUCAGGUCCAGUUCGUUACUCUCAAAACCUUUGAGGAGGCAGCUGCUCAGCUCCUGGAGUCUUCAGUGCAGAACCUCUUUAAGCAGGUAGAUUUAAUAGACCUAGUACGCUGGAAAAUUUUAAAAGAUAAACAUAUCCCUCAGUUUUUACAUGAAGCUUUGGAAAAAAAGAUCGAAAGCAGUGGAGUCACCUAUUUUUGGCGUUUUAAGCUUUUUCUCCUGAGGAUUUUAUACCAGUCAAUGCAGAAAACUCCUUCAGAAGCCUUAUGGAAACCUGCCCAUGAAGACUCAAAAAUCUUGAUCGUUGACUCUCCUGGGAUGGGCAAUGCAGAGGAUGAGCAGCAAGAAGAGGGCACCUCUUCCAGGCAGGUGACUAAGCCAGGCCUGCAGGAGAGGAGCAGAGAGGGCGAAGCAGAGGAGCCCACAGACGACUCACUGCCCCCAUCGGGAGACGGUGGAGGCCACGAGGCAGUGGAGGAGAAGCUCCUUGAGAUCCAAGGGAAGAUCGAGGCUGUGGAGAUGCACCUGACCAGGGAGCACAUGAAGCGCGUCCUGGGGGAAGUGUACCUGCACACCUGGAUCACUGAGAACACCAGCAUCCCCACCAGAGGGCUCUGCAACUUUCUAAUGUCUGACGAAGAGUACGAGGACAGAACGGCUCGGGUGCUGAUCGGACACAUCUCAAAGAAGAUGAACAAACAGACUUUCCCUGAACACUGCAGCUUGUGUAAAGAGAUCUUGCCGUUCACAGAUCGCAAGCAGGCCGUCUGCUCUAAUGGGCACAUCUGGCUCCGGUGCUUUUUAACCUACCAGUCCUGCCAGAGCUUGAUAUACAGACGGUGUUUGCUCCAUGACAGCAUCGCUCGGCACCCAGCCCCAGAAGAUCCUGACUGGAUUAAGAGGUUGCUGCAGAGCCCCUGUCCUUUCUGUGAUUCUCCUGUCUUCUGAAUGCAGUAGUGGAGGGCAGAAGGGCGUGAGCUGUGGAGCAUUCCAGAGCAUGGGAAGCCGUGCGCUGGAGGAAGCCGACUGCGUGGAGAGGUGCUCUUCCUAACCAUCACCAGGGCCUCUCUGGGAGGGCAGCGCACACCAUCUCCAGGACUAAAAGAUAUCUUUCAAGUGAUUGAAGGCUUGGUGUCAUUUUGAGAUGGACGUGGUCCCCUAGCUUCUUACCCAAUGAGGAACGUUUACUUUCAAGUGUCUUGAUGAAAACAGUUUGAACAAAAAAUUGUCCUAUGGAAUCUAGGAACCUGGUGGUCUCUGGUAGAGAAUUGUGUGAGGGCCUUCUGGGCUGAGUUAGGUCUUAUCCUUUUUUGGUUUGAGGCAGCCCAUGGCUCUAGAGGGCUUGAAUAGCCUGGUCCGUGCAUUCCACGCACCAACAGAUAUUAAAAGUAUUAAAACAAUGUGUGGGCUGAUGUUUUGCUCCCAGUGCAUAGCUGCAGAUCUGUGUCCAGUUGACUCUUGUUUCUCAUGCAUAUGGAUAACAUUUUCCUUUAAAAUUCUAUAUUUUUUAAGAAGUUGAAGCCAAGACUGAAUCAGUUUUAAUGUAUCACACAAUCAAGUGACUGUUCGAAGCCAACAGUUGUGAUGUGUUUCUGAUCGUCUCCGUAUCAUCAGAUUUGCUGAUCCUGCUCCUUAACGUAUGUGAGGGUGACAGUGCCCGCUUCACCCAUCUGUGCAACCCAGAUGAGAUGCUGUGCAAAGAGGAAAAAUGCUUUCUUUGGAAAAUUAGAAUUUAAGUAUUUUUAAUGUCAACAUUGCUGGAUGGUGACUUGAGUAUCCAGUGGAGGAGUCUGUUCAGGGAGUUCUGGAGAGAGAGCAGUGAGAGUUCUAGUGCCAUAGAUGUGGGCGGCUGAGUUGAGCAGAGCCUGGGAUUCCUGCUCUGCAGAGCUCCUUGGAGUUUGGAAUAUCGGUAUUUGUAGACUGUGAAGAGAUGUCACGUUUCAUGUCUCUAUUAAUUGCGCUUAAUAGACAUUCUGGAAUCACAGUGUUCCUGGGUUUUUAGAGUAAGUGCCCUAGGGAUCGGUGCUGAUUAACUGGACUGCACUUUGAAGUGGUGCAUAGCUCUGGAAGGUCGGAUGGGAACUCAAAAUACGAACUCUUCACUCUUAUUUUGUGAGGUUUUUUUGUUUUGAUUUGUGUUUUGUUGUUGUUGUUGUUUUUGUUUUUUGCCUUUAUUUUGACAUGGUCUCCUGCUUGUAUUUUGUAUCCUCAGUGAAAGACAUUUUGCCUCACUCAGAAAUUGUGUCUGCCGUUGGCUGCUGUGGACGAGACAGCCACACCUGUGCUGAUCUCUUCCCGCAGGCCCCUCCAGCACUGCCCCAGAGUGUCUUGUUCUGUUCAAGGGCUUGCUUUGUCUCUUAGGCUUAAUCAUAUAUUUGCUGGACUCUUUUUUUUUUUUUUUCUUUAAAUAUGUUUUUUAGGUGGACAUAGUUCCUUUAUUUUAUUUUUAUGUGGUGCUGAGGAUCGAACCCAGGGCCUCACAUGUGCUAGGCGAGUGCUCUGCCACUGAGCCCCAGCCCCAGCCCCUGCCCCUAUUUGCUGGACUCUUCUGCUUUUUUUUUUUUUCAUUUUGGUGGUGAUUUUAAGCAUCAUGUUUGUCCAGACUUGAGGGACCAGCUUGUUAAAUCGGUGUUCAUGGUGGGGAACCCAGCAGCAUGGUGGCAUGCAUGGCACAGGUCAGACUGGUAGAGAAGCACUGGUGCCUGCAGCUGUCCAGUUCACAGGGCAUGUGACGUAAGCGUGGUGAGCAUGGGAGGACAGUGCAGCUAUGGUCAUCAGGCAUCCUAGGUUUCACCUGGUUCUUUGCUCCAGACUAGAGUCAUAGGAAUUUGUGUUGUUUUUGUUUUUGUUUCUUGGUACUAGGGAUUGAACCCAGGGGCACUUAACCACUGAGCCACAUCCCCAGCCCUUUUUUAUAUUUUAGAAACAGGGCCUCACUAAGUUGCUAAAGCUGGCUUUGAACUCACGAUCCUCCCGCCUUAGCCUCCUAAGCUGCAGGGAUAAUGUGUGUGCCACUGUGCCCGACUCUAGGAAUUUGUUUUUUAUUGGGGAAUUUUAUGCUGCUGCCACUAAAAACUUACUUUAAGUUUUUAUUUAAAGCAGUUGUGCAUUUUCGAGAAAAUUUAACUACUGCGAUAACUAAAAAGGAUCUUGGAAUUUAGUAUGUGUCUGUAAAAAUAAAUGUGGCAACUGAUUUCCUAGACAUGGUUCUCUCUGCAGGGUCAUGGCCCAGGUCCAGGCUCUGCCUGGUGUCCACAUGCCCAGUAGGAAGGUCCUCUCCCACCCUUUCCCCCAGCCCCAGGGCUGAGCAGACAAGAGACUUUGGGUUAAUGGCAGCCUCACAAACAGUUGGAGUUUCGGCAUUGGAGUGGUGAUCCGUGCAGCCUUGGAAAGUGGGAGUGGCAAGGGGCUGCUGCUGGCCCCUUCCACUUAAACUUAGCUCCCUCUUUGGAUCUUCCUAAAAUUUGCCGGGGCUGUUCUGGUGGCUUUCAAGUUGGUUUUUGCUGUACCUGUAAUAACCGUGUCAGGAAUGGGAGGGAGACCAGCUGCCCUGCAGUUGAAGUGCAGGAGGCAGGUGCUGUGGUGAGACCUUUGAAGCCACGGCACGUUUCUGGAGUCUGACUUCCAUGUGUGUGUCACCUGUGCCUGGGUUAAUUUGUUCCUGUUACUCUACAUAAGAAAUGUUUAGCUUGUUACGCUGGAAAUUCAUGCUGAAGUCCUCUUGUGUUCAUACCCAGACCUCAGGCUUUUCUACUGCUGUUAAAUCUGUCAAAACUACCAAUUAUUUCUCGGUGUCGGGAGUUAUUGGAACCCUGGCCAAGCUCAUGGUUGAGUGUCACCUUCUGCUUCGGCCUCCGGGAAGUUUUGAGGAUAUUGAUGUUGAAGCAUGCAUUUGGACUUAUUAGCAGGUUUAAGAGGUUAAUCAGGUUGAAAGAAUGUUGGAGGUUGACAGUUAAAUAUUGGAACAUGGUUUUGAUUACGAGGUAUCAUCAGGUAAAGAAGUGCUGGAGGGCAGGAGGGCGGCCCUGGUUAGGCUGGCGUUGGCCACAAGGCCUGGAGCAGACGCAGGAGUCAGUGUCGUCAGUCAGUCCCCCUCUCUGCCCCCUCUCUUGCUUUCCAUUCCUUUAGUUCCCUCAGCUGUAGGAUAUGUUCAAAGGUAAAAUUUCUUUUUUGAAAGAAGAAUGGAUGAGGGAAAAAGUUUUCUAACUGCUCAGCCACGGGGUGGGGCUCCCUUCCUGAAAGAAACUGUCAUUCUGCUUUCUGAAGGUGACAGUGUUAGUUGUUAACAACAGGGUGAGUUGUGUCUGGUUUUCCUCAACGGAUACUUCCUGGUCAGAGAGUCCAGAGGCUGGGCUGGGCUGUGGGACGCAGGAUCGGGCCUCUACCACCACCCGUUCCCCUGCCUCCCAACCCAUAGUUUUCUUCCCCAGCAGAAAUUCUGGCUCUGCUGACCGAGCAGGUCGUGCUCCGUCACACCCUGCAGCCAGCCAGGUGGACAGCAGCUCUGCCGUCAGCGGCCUGUGCUCUCCGAGCCUGCAGGACUCCCGUGGCUCCUGACCCCCGCGUCCUCGCCCGGCCUUCCCCCUUGGCUGUCGGGUUGAAGGGUGCAGCUGAGGCAGACGGCUCUGGUCUUCAGUGAAGGCAGCAGUGGCCGCUCAGAGCUCAGGCCGUCUCAGGGCUCUCACAGCUCCUGGACGCGGAGCUGCUCUUUCUGGAGGCUAAGAGAGUGUUGGCAGUGACCUCUGCUGCGGGCCAGGUGAUGUGUCUGCUGCUCAGCCUGAAUCCAGAGCACGUGGAACUGUCCUUAAAGGGACGCAGCGUUGCGUCCAUAGGAAGCACUGGAGCCCUGUCCUGGCGCCCAGCAGGGUUAUCCUGAGCUUGAGGGCUGUCCCACAGCGCCCACCCGCCCAGCAACAGGCAGUAUCAGGAGGCGCUGGCCAGGUUGUCUUGGGGGUUGGCGCAGCUUCACGUCUGCUGCUGUGCUGUGUUCCAUGGUAUGGUGGCCACGGGCCAGUCUAGCAGAGGAAUGGGGUUUCCAUGGCGUCUGCCCCUCUGGUGUGGAGGCAUCUGUCCCUGCUGCUCCCUGUCCCUCCUUCCUGACUGUGGGUGAGGGGCUUGUCUGUGGCUCCAGGGAGAGGACACCCAGGUCGAGGCCCCCAGCAGCCUCCGAGGACUUGUUCGUUCAUCUCAAGAAAGACUUGAGAUGGGGAAAAGGUGUCGCUCUCCCAUGAAAUUGUCACAGUGUGGCAGCCUGGUGGAAGUUCUGUACGUGGGUUGGAGAAAACCCUCAGCGCUCUGAAUCUCAUCCCGAAUCCCUGUUAAUCUCACACAGAAACAGGUGCUGGGAGACUGCCAGGACGGCGGUGUGAGAGGCAGCGGCAGAUCUGGGUCCUUGCCCUCUCAGCCAGCUGACAUGAGGGUCGUAGGUUCAGGGCGAGCGCUCUGCCCCCCCCCCCACCACUCCCUUUCUCUCUCUCUGGGGUACUAAUGCAAAAUUAAAUGCAAAAUGUCGAUGAAUUAUGUCUUUUUCAAGGCUUUGACUCAGAUUUGUACUUUGAUAUAUGAAAGUGAAUAUCAAGCUUGUUUGUACGGAAAUAAGACUGUAUAUAAAAAUGAGUCUGUGUUGUGUAUAGUGACAUAUAUUUUAUGUUUACCCAGCGCUAUACUAAACUUUGUGCUUGGCUUUGAAUUAUAUGUAUAUUUACACCUGACUUUUUUUAAAUAAAAAGGAAGAUUUAAAGGUCA